AUGUCACAAUUUACUGUCUCGAUCAAAGAUGAAUUUGUUGGGUCGGAAACGAUGUCCACCUCCUAUCAGGGAGGGGUUAGUCUUUCCUGGAAAGAUGUUUGCUACUCGAUAAUCGAUCCAAAAACCAAUAGCAAGCGAAAUAUCAUUGAGAAUGUUAGCGGCUAUGUGAAACCCGGUGAAAUUAUGGCCAUCAUGGGACCCUCGGGAGCUGGAAAAUCGAGUUUCUUGGAUUUAUUGGCCGGGCGUAAAGAUCCAAAGGCGGUAUCUGGAGAAAUCCUUCUUAAUGGUCAACCUGGUGUAAUCAAAUACGUAUCUACCUACGUUAUGCAGGAUGACGCUUUGAUGGGUGUGCUGACUAUACGUGAAAAUAUACAAUUCGUAGGUUUAUCUUCAUUCUUUGCUGAUUUUACAGAGUCUGAAAGGCAGGCCCGCGUCCAAGCCAUCAUAGAAGAGUUUGGUCUUGAACGUGUGGCCGACUCAAAGAUUGGUACCGUCUUUGUCCGUGGGGUGUCAGGCGGUGAGAAGCGUAGAUGCGCCAUCGCCUCGCAAAUAAUUACCUUACCCAACAUAAUUUUCCUCGAUGAACCCACCACCGGUCUAGACUCUGCUGCUGCGUAUAAUGUGAUGAAAUCCAUAAAGGCCAUGGCACAGGGUCACGGGCUCACCGUCAUCGCAAGUAUACAUCAACCAUCCACUGAAACCUAUUCGUUAUUCGAUAAAUUACUACUUCUUGGCCGCGGAAAAACUCUUUAUUUCGGUGAACGCGAAGAUGCCAUCGCAUAUUUUGAUGGUCUUGGUUUUGCGUGUCCACCAUAUGCAAACCCCGCUGAUCAUUUCUUAUCGUUGGUUAACUCGGAUUUCAUGAGGGAUCAGUCAGGAGCCGAAAAACUCAUUGACAGUUUCAACGAGGCAUUCCAUGAAUCCGAGUUCAAAUUAGAUGUUGACAAUCAAAUCGAAAAACUUACCGAAAAAUCGGAAAUUGAAGAUUCGGCGAUGGUCAUCAGCUCGGAAACCACAAAACGUUACGCUCGCGGUUUCUUUGCCCAAACCUAUAUAAUAAUGAUGCGUUCAUUGAAGAAUGCAUCUAGGAACGUCCUAAUGUUUUGGAUACGCGUGGCAAUGUAUGUCGCGUUGGCCAUCUUGAUGGGUUCCACGUGGUGGCAAGUUGGUUUCGAACAGAAGAAUGUUCAGGAUCGAUUUUCGGCUCAUUUCUUUUCCGUCGCGUUUCUUGUGUUCAUGAGUGUCGCCGGAAUUCCCGGAUUUCUUGAGGAACGUUUAGUAUUCCAGCGUGAACGAGCGAAUAGAUUUUACUCUGUUGGUCCAUACGUAUUGGCAAACACCUUGAUAGCGAUACCAUUUAUAAUGAUAAUAGCUUUAUCAUUCUCAAUUGUGGCCUAUCCAAUGAUUGGUCUACAUUCUGGAAUGGAGCAUGCUACAAAAUUUGUGUUAUUCCUGUUCUUGGCGUUAUAUGUGGCUGAAUCAAUGGUAGUAUUCAUCUCCGUGUGCAUACCAAUAUUCGUCGCAGCAUUAGCGCUCGCGGCAUUUGCCAAUGGUUUCUUCAUGGUGGUCGAAGGAUAUUUCGUUAGACGUGAUUCAAUACCUAAAGGAUGGAAAUGGGCACAUUACAUUGACUACCAGAAAUAUGCAUUCGAGGGAAUAAUCCAUAACGACUUCACGGAUUUGUUGUUUGAUUGCGAAAAGUCGAAUGGAACAUGCAGAUGCGACUACCCAAGUACGCUCGAAUCGAAUUGUCAAUUCACGGGAACGGAUGUUCUAGCAUCUUUUGGAUACACAGAAAUCGUGCCUUGGAAGUGGGCGCUCGCUCUAGUGGGACUGAGUCUCUUCUUUAGAUUCGCAUUUUAUGUGGUCCUACGUAUUAGAAAGGGUCAUAGUUAA